CGUAGCUGCACUUUCUCUACUUUUCGUCUGUUCUGUAACGCAGUUGCCGAAGCAUGCUCUUCGGCACUCACGUGUAAAUAUUUAUCCGUGUUGCUUGCAAAUUGAACUGAUGUCGGACACAUUUAUAAAGCUAAUUAAUAAUUAUAUUACUACAUAUCGAAGAUUUCAGAUAAUUAGCGAUCAACUGUGUCAUAUUUUGUGUCUAUGACUUUACAAUAUCAAUAACAAAAUGUGGAACGGUAUGCUGACGAGGUUUUUUAAUACAGUUAUGAAAAACCAACGAGGGCAGAUCCACAAGCAUCGAGCACUGAGCACAACUGUUUUUAAACUGAACAAAAAUGAACUCGCUGAUGCUUUCGAUAUAAAUCUUCUCUCUUCAGAAGAUAAGGAGAAAAUACUUGAAGUAAUAAAUACCAAAGCCACAACGGACUUACUUAAAUACUCCAUUACGAAGAAUCGUGCAGAGAAAUUAGAAUUGCUCCGUGCAAAUAAUGGGCCGUUUGAAUCGCUGGAUGAUUUGUUACAAAUACAGAGUAUGAAUAAUAAAUGGGUGUUCAAUUUUUAUAAGUCAAUUUUAUGUGGCAAGAAGAAACCACCUAAGAAGAUUAUACCGGGUUUAAUUGCAACACCACAAAAUACUGGGAAUCAAAAGGAUGUCAACACAGUAUUAGGAAUAUACGUAGGACACGACUUGGUCAGUUGGUCUUUAUUAAAUCGUGAUUGUGAGGUAUCACAGUGGGGUUAUAAAUCUUUUCCGCGAAAAGGGACGAAGGAAACUAUUCACACUUUACUCCAAGAAACAAUACCAAUUGCUAGAAAAUUACCGAAGGCUGAUCGGUAUGUGAUGCAAGAGGCCAAUGGUGACAUUGGCCACGUACAAAAUCGCCACCUUCAUCAGGACUUUGUACAACGGUCUAUAAUAGGCGCUAUCAUUCUGUCGUAUCUGACGUUGUUGGAUAGUAGAUUUAAUGACACCACAACGUUUGUGGCAAACAAUAUUUUUAUACUUCGGCAGCGUGUAUUACUAAAAAUCUAUGGUCUUAUAAUAGACAACGAGGCUAUUUCCACGCAGUAUAUGUUGCAAAAGCUGCUGCAAGAAAGCGAGGAACUAAUAGAAACAAAGGAACCGAAAGUGUUGAUAGGUCCAGAUUUGAGAAACAUGUACAACGCACAGAGUUCUGUUUGUAAAGAACAAAUUGGCUGGUCGUUAUUAAUAGCGUUAGCUUUCAUUGAAUUAAUUGUACAUAAAAGAACCGAUAUGAUUCUUCGCGAGAGGGAGUCUCCUCUGAAUUUGUAGAACACGAUAUUGCCUAUCAAUAAUUUAACAGGCAAUGGCAAGAAAAAAUACAAUGACAAAUACAAUAGACUUCUGUACAGGUCCAUUCAUUUAUUAUAUUCUCACUUUUUAUUAUGUUAUCUAUAGUAUACCAAGUGUAUAUUGUUGCUCGCUGCUCGAAUACAAACUCGCAUCCGGUUAUUUCAUAUAAGAUUGUACAACGUACCGGGGUGUUUGCCAGAAAAAAUAGGAUCACCCGGACGAUGUUUUGCGGAGCCACCGAACGAGUAUACGAGAGCAGGAGGCGAAGCCUCGCGAAUGGGCCACGAGGGGUUUGCUGGUGAACUGAAUAUACAUCCGUCUAUAGAAUUCUUCGUGCCGAAUAUAUGAAACCACGACGACUGUGAGGUACGGUGUUACACGGGGGGGGGGGGGGAAUAUAUCAAAUGCCGCUACUUAAUCUCGGGCAGUGACGCUGUGUUACAAGCGUGUACGAAAUGUUAGCUGAUCAAGCAUAAAGGGAGACACACCAAAUAUUUAUUUUCCAUUGUAUGCAUCUGAGACUUGACUUUGGUUUACAACCGCGCUUAGGCUCCAUCGCGAGAAUACGCACAUGAACGUCCGAGCUCAGCUUACGCGCAACGAGAGACGCGUACGGUAUCGCGGAAAGGAUUUGGAAGCUGUUUAAAGGGAAUGUUGCGAUGGUAAAAGUAGAUACGUAACGAACUGCAAUGACGACGGUCGUAGAAACGCAAGGAUUGUAACGUAACUCAACUUGGGAGAUCCGGUUUGUGCGAGUUGCUCUCCUUAUUUCGAUAAAGCACAACCUUUAAAACAGCAUCCAACUUUUCUACGACAUCCUGUGUGAGAAGAUGAUUAUAAUGAUAAUUACAUUAGCUGUAUGCAUGAACAAGUUCAUUCGGUUAAUUUCAGUUUCUCGGUACAGCUCGGUAUAGCUGUGCAUGCCAAUAGUGAUACGUUGUUGUUGAACAAAUGCAGAUAUGUCGCUAGAAAUCUGUUCCCCCAUUUUUGUAUCGAGCAAAAAACGUUUAGAAAAGAUAUUUAACAAUAAGAUAUGCAACAAGAGAGAACUUGGCAUGAUAAUUAAUAAUCGUUUAAAUUAGAAUGAUUUUUUAAAGACUCGAAUCUUUGAUUCUAGAGUAUGUUAGAUGGAAAAUACGUCUGAAGACAUUGUGAUUUGAAUCGUCGAAUGUAACAAUGAAAAAUAAUACACAAUUCAAUAAGAAAUGAAUCGGUUAGAACAAAAAGGGUAUAUGUGACAACAGCAUAUAUUUGAGAAAGGCAAAAAAUUGUUUUAUAAGCAAUAUUAAUUUUUCAGUAAGUUUUAUACCACUUCGUCUCGAAGAGAGGAUCUAUUAAAGUAAGAGCAAGGGACCUUCUUAAUUUAAUUUCGGCCAAAAUGUCACACGUCUCCUUUCUGUUCUCACUGGUUCAAAAUAUAAUUAGCUCCCAAGUAUCGCUGAGGUACAGGCAUACAAAGGCGAACUUUCUGAUUUUCAGUUAUCGAGUUGCUCUAUCUUGGCCCAUACAAUGUAAGCAUAAUUGUUAUAAACAUUACAAGUCUGUAAGCGCCUGCGGCGAGAUUAGUUUCCUUUGUAUAAAUAAACUUUUAUAUUUUAUCGGAAA